AUGCGCAACCAAUUAAUUGCACUAUUAGAUAAAGGCGGUUUUCGGCUGCGGAAGUGGGCAAGCAAUUGUACCAAUUUAGUAGCUGAUAUCGACCCGUCGGAUCACGGUCUCGCUCAGCAAAAAUUAUUAACCGGAGACGAGCAACUUAAAGUUCUCGGAAUGGCAUGGAAUCCUACGCCGGACGUGUUUUAUUUCCACGUGUCUCUCGGCCAGAGCCUCGAUAAGACAAAACGCUCGAUUCUAUCGACAAUCGCCCAACUGUUCGAUCCGUUAGGCUGGGUGGCACUCGUCAUUAUCACUGCCAAAAUAUUUAUGCAGCAAUUGUGGCUGCUUAAAUGCCAAUGGGACGACGAGAUACCAGCCGAUUACCUCUCGCAGUGGCGACAUUAUCAUGAGAGACUCCAGUCUCUCAACCGUCUGGAAAUUCCUCGCUGGACGGCGCAUGGAGCUAACACGAUACAUCGCGAACUGCACGGCUUUUCGGACGCUUUGACUAAAGCGUACGCCGCGUCGGUCUAUCUUCGCACACUUUCCGCCGACGGGUCCGUCACUAUUACGCUUCUCAUGGCAAAAGCGAAAGUAGCUCCGCUAAAAACCAUAAGCGUGCCGCGCCUCGAACUAUCAGCCGCGCUAUUGCUCGCUCGACUGCUAAAAUUCGUGCAAUUGACGCUUAAUUUUGCCAAUGAUUGUUGUUUUUGUGGACAGAUUCAACAAUCACUUUGA